AUGGAAAACUCAUCAGUUGUGUCUUCAGUCGUAUUAACCGCUUUCUAUGGAAUGCAGGAUCAUAAAUCCCUGUACUUUAUCCUUUUUCUAAUACUAUACACAGCUAUUGUGUUUGAAAAUGUUGCUUUGAUCUGUAUUAUAUACAAUGAUAAGGCACUACAUGAGCCCAUGUACUUAUUUAUUUGUAACCUGGCAGCAAAUAAUCUUUAUGGUAGCACUGCACUUCUGCCUUCAUUGUUAAAUAAGUUAAUAUCUUACUCUUAUGAGGUAUCUCUGACCUGUUGUCAACUGCAAAUAUAUUGCAUUCAUACAUAUGCUAUCAUAGAGUUUACAAUUCUGGCAGUGAUGGGCUACGAUCGUUAUCUGGCCAUCUGCCAACCACUACAUUAUCAGAGAAUUAUGUCUAUAACAAAAGUGUACAGUCUUGUUGCAUUUUCAUGGUUUUAUCCAUUGGGUGCAUUUGCCCUGUUUUUUACUUUCACUUUGCGAUUAACAUUUUGUGGUAGAGUAAUAGAACGUGUGUACUGCAUGAACUAUUCUCUUGUCAAGUUGUCCUGUUCUAACACCUCAGUGGAGAGUAUUGUAGGAUUGUUUUCUGUAGUUGUGUAUACAUUCCCUCAGCUUAUUAUGAUAGUUUAUUCCUAUGCAAAAAUUUUGAAAAUUUGCUUUUUUGGUUCUAAAGAAUCUAAAAUCAAAGCAGUGAAAACAUGCAGCCCACACAUCAUAGCGAUCAUAAACUAUAGUCUUGGAUGCUUUUUUGAAAUAAUACAGAGUCGUUUUCCCACAAUUAAUUUACCUUUUGAAAUGCAAAUAUUUAUGUCACUGUACUUUUUGAUACUUCCACCAUUUCUAAAUCCAGUCAUUUAUGGGCUGAGCAUCCAAACUGUGAGAAAAGAUAUACUGAAAUUUUUGUCUUAUGAAAACGGAUUUGUCAUCAAAGUAAAAAAUAUGUACCGUUAA